CCGACUGCAGGGUCGUCACAAAGAGCUCAGGCAGCGGUUCUCAACCUGUGGGUCCCCAGAUGUUGUUGGACUACAACUCCCAUCGUCCCUGAGCUCUGGCCUUGCUAGCUAGGAGUGAUGGGAGUUGUAGUUCAAUAACAACUGGGGACCAACAGGUUGAGAAAGGCUGCUAGAGGGUGGCCAUGUAAGCCUCUCUAUCUGGCCGGGGAGAGAGGAAGCAGGCAGACAGUCACGGUUCCCUUUUAUCACAGCUACGCGGGAGUCGUUUGCCGCAACCCAGCUUCCCAGGAAUUUGUUUUUCUACUACUUCUGUCGGGGAGAGUGGACGCAAUGUGUUUUAGUAGCGGCGAGGAACGUGACGCUGUGGAGCGCGCGGCGGAAGUGGAUCGAGGAGGAAAGGUGAGCGAGGAGCACCCUGCGGAGACCACGCUGUGAGUAGCGCUGGGUGGCGGCGGGGGGAGAGGGACUGUGACGUCCCAGUGCGGACCCCGAAGUUGCAGAUCCUCCGCGGGUGAGCCCUGAAGCCUCUUCCUUCUCAGUCGGAAUUGUUCGUCCUGGGCGUGGGGGAAAGGCAGCGGAUCUCUUUAGAUCCCCCUUUUUCACUGGUCUUGAUUCCCACUCAGAGCCUGGUGGCUGUAGGGGAGGAAAAGUAGCGCAGGGAGAAUCCUAGAAUUGUGGGAUUGGUAGGGACCCCGAGGGUCAUCUCUUCCAACCCCCUGCAAUGGAGGAAUCUCAGCUAAAGUAUCCAUGACAGGUGGUCAUCCAAACUCUGCUUGAAAAUCCCCAAGGAAGGAGAGCCCACCACUUUAUGUGGGAGUCUGUUCCACUGCCGAACAGCUCUUACUGUCAGAAAGUUCUUCCUGAUGUUUAGUUGGAAUAUCCUUCUUCGAUCCACUCGUCCGGUGCAAGAGAAAACACGCUGUCUCCAUGUGACAGCCCUUUAACCAUAGCUGUCAACGUUUCCCUUUUCUUGUGAGGAAUCCUAUUCAGAGUAAGGGAAUUUCCCUUAAAAAGGGGAAAACGUUGACAGCUAUGCCUUUAACUAUUUGAAGGUGGCUACCAUAUCUUCUCUCAGUCUCCUCAGGCGGAGGUGAUGGGGUCACCUGCAGACUAGCCCUGAACUUUUUAGCCCUGUUGGUUUUAGCGAGGUUUACUUGAAAGUAUGUUCAAAAGUAUGUACAGUACUGCAGUUUGAUUCUGAUAAGCAUGUAUGCAAAGGAUUGCAGGAGAAGUAGGGUUUCAGUUGUAGUAGGGUUCAACAUGCUGUGUUGUGCUUCUCUUUUCCUUCAGCCGGUGCUAAAUAGAUCAAAACAUUAGAAUGAGUUGUGUGUUACCCUUAUAAAAUCAGAAGUGUAUCCCUUUGAGGGGAAGCCACUUCAAAGCAGACUCAGUGGCUUCCAGUCGGGAUUUUAAACUUCUACGCCAGGGGUCAGCAACCUUUUUCAGCCGUGGGCUGAAACAACAACACCAAUGAAAAUAGAGUCCACAAACUGAACAAAACAGCACUGAAGGUGGUUUAUUUCCUAUCCUUGGUCUGGCUGUUCUCUCCUUAAUUAAUUUCAUCUUUAAAACCCUUUUGAUGAUAAAAUAUACUUUCCUAUUGUUAAACACCUGCUAUUUUACAGAAAAGUUAAAACGGAAAAGACCCAUGGUAGACAAGGACGUUUGCUGAAUUUCUGAAUAUGGAGGAAGCACCAGUUAUAAAGAGACUAUAUGUUGGUGGACUUGGCCAUACAAUUUCUGAAACUGAACUGCAGGAAAGAUUUGGCAAGUUUGGAAAUGUGACAGAGACAGAAAUUGUGACCCGGAAAGAUGAAAAAGGUAAUAUGUUUAAACUCUGUAAAGUCACAACUGAUCUGCAAUAACAGCCCUUAUGCUGCAGUUUUUUAAUUGUGCCUUUUUGGGGUAAACAUAGUUUCAUUCUUCAACAGGGAACCCUACAAAGACAUUUGCAUAUAUCAACAUCACCCUUUCAGAAAAAGAACUUAAAAAAUGUAAGUACAUCACCUAUAGGUGUAUUUUUUGGCAGUGCAAUGUUCUGUGUUUUAAGUGUCUGCCAGAUGCCAGAAGCCAAACCAGCUUAUGACACUGAAAUCUGUGGCAAGUACUUGUUGUAUCCUUGUAAUACUGGUAAACUCUACUAUCGUCCCACAGGUAGCUACUAUUGGAGUGCUUUGAAACAAACCUUUGAAUAAAAACAAUUACACAUCUUAUUCAUAGACACCUAUCCUUUGUGGCAUUUGUCUAUCCUUAUGAUCAUAGUUGCACUGAAUUCCUUACUGAUUUGUUCUCUUUCUAUCAGUAUCAGUCGCCAAGCGUUCAAGUUUUUCCUCUGUCACCUGACUCCUCUAGGACUUCUCCAACCUUGGCUAUCAAGCUAUCCUUCCAUUAUUUCCCAUCAUUCAGGCGCAAGAAUCUUGCCAAUGUGGCUGGAUAGUGCUUCAACCUAUGUUCCUCAUUUCCCAUAUUCACCUUGACUCUACUAGACCAGCCUGGAUUCCUCCUGAUGUUGUUGGACUCCAACUUCUACCAGCACCAGCCAGUACAGGCAGCGGUCAGGGUUGAUGGGAGUUGUGGUCCAACACAUUUGGAGGGCUCCAGGCUGGGGGAGGCUGCACUAGAGCACAUUGGCUCUUGCAUGUUUCCUUGAUCAGUGGUACUUUAGAUAAGUUCUGCCCUGGGCUCCUUUGGGAGGAAGGGUGGGACAGAAAUGAAAUAAUGAAACAAAUACCGUAUUUUUCGCUCUAUAAGACGCACCAGACCACAAGACGCACCUAGUUUUUGGAGGAGGAAAACAAGAAAAAAAGAUAUUCUGAAUCUCAGAAGCCAGAACAGCAAGAGAGAUCGCUGCACAGUGAAAGCAGCAACCCCUCUUGCUGUUCUGGCUUCUGUGAUAGCUGUGCAGCCUGCAUUCGCUCCAUAAGACGCACACACAUUUCCCCUUACUUUUUAGGAGGGAAAAAGUGAGUCUUAUAGAGCAAAAAAUACGGUACUUUAAAACAAGGGUAGUGGUGCUUUGGCCCUCUAGAUAUUGAUGGACCACACAAUUGCUAUCAUCCCUAUUGUUCAGGGUGGGUGGAGCUGAUGUGAGUUGUAGUCCAACAAUGCCUGGUUCCCCACCCCUGCUUUAGAAGUUUGUUGAGGAGAAUUGCUUAGCAUAUUGGAUGAAUUAAUAAUUCUGUUUCUAUUUCUUUUCAUAAAGGUGUAUCUGCUUUAAAUAAGACAAAAUGGAAAGGCGGGACGCUACAAAUAGAAUUGGCCAAAGAGAGCUUUUUGCACAGGUAAUAUUUCGUAUUUUACAAACAGCUUUCACUGAAAAUGUUGGAUGAGGCAUCAAAUGAUUUUCAGUAAUCCUUCAUUAUAUAAGUGAACCUUACUCUCACAACAGAAAUGAACAAUGCAUUGAAUAUAUAUUGUUUUUCCUAGUGGAUGCUGAUUGAUUGGUAUUGGGGAUGCACUGUAAUGUACAAUGUCAUCUUUCAUUUGUGUGGAGGGAGGAAUUUGCAAUGAACUGAAACUAUUAGGACGUUUACAGUGUCUGUAAGUAGAAGCAACCAUCUUGAAAGUUUACAAGAUCUGUGUUCUCUUUUCUUUUAAUCUGGAAAACUGUAAUUGCAUGCUACCAUGUAGACUGGCACGAGAGCGUCAAGAGGCAAGUAUAAAGAAGGAAAAGCCAGGCAAAAAUGGCAUGACAGAUGUCUUAGAAUCUAUGAAGAAAUCUGGAUUUACAGAUUUUCACAUGAAAGCAGUACCAGGAACAGAAGUACCAAAUCACAAGGUAUGGUGAAUUCAAUGGCAGACAUAAAAUUUGAAUGCCUAGCUAGGGAUAACCAACAUGGUGCCCUCCAAACGUUCAUGGACUGCAACAUCUGGAGGGCUUCCCCAAGCCUAGACAGCUGUUUACCAUUUUAUUUAAAUGCUGCUUUGUAAUUGUAUUUAUUUCCCCCAAAAAAUAAUGGUGUAUUUUCUUUUUCUUUAAUAGGACUGGGUUGUUGGCAAAUUUGGCAGAGUUUUACCAAUCCUCCAUCUUAAAGGUCAACACAGAAGCAAGAUAUCCUUUCCUAAAGGCUGGGUAGAUCUUAAAGGGCCUUCUCGGUAGUAGCGCCCGCCCUGUGGAACGCCCUCCCAUCAGAUGUCAAGGAAAUAAACAGCUAUCCUAUUUUUAAAAGACAUCUGAAGACAGCCCUGUUUAGGGAAGUUUUCAAUAUUUAAUUCUGUAAUGUUUUUAAAACUCGAUUGGGAGCUGCCCAGACUGGCUGGGGAAACUCACCCAGAUGGGUGGGGUAUAAAUAAUAAAUUAUUAUAAUAAUUAUAAAUGGAAGCAGGUUAUCAUUACCCGGUUAUUAACACUGUCUACAAUGUGAUAAUCCAAUUGUGCCAUAUAUCUUCUUGCCUAGAAUAAAAGAAGCCAAACAAGAACAAUUCAUUGAAAUAUUUAAUCCAUAGCAAUGGUAAUGAAUAGUUUUAAGAAUGUGACAAACAGUUUUUAUAAACAUUUUCCGAACUAAGUUGGACAACAUGUAGCAUAUGUGCACUCUUUCUAAUAUGUUUGUUCCCAGGCAUUCUUAAAUCAUAGUGGCACAUUAAUAAGCAUUUUCUUUCCUUCGAGAUAGUGUUUCAAACCUAUCUAUAAUUGGUGCAAGAGAGCGAUUUGUUUUUCCUUAAUUCAGGCAAUUACACCAUAAAAUAUGACCCCUCCAAAUAUUGUCACAAUCUUAAAAAACUGGAUCAAGACCUUACUGAGAUGGUUCCUAUUUCCAAGCUCACGUGGCAUUUGGAGGAAGGCGAUGACAGCAUGAGCAAGAAACGGCAAGGGCACUUUCCUGCAUAUGAGCCACCUAAAAAGAAAAUGAGAGGGCAGGAUGGGGACAGUGUGAGCCGGACAGAAUUGCAUUCAUAUAGUCGGUUUUCAUCAAAAACAACAAGCAUGGCCGCAGGCAAACUAGUUCAAAGCUGCACACCCAAGACCAAAAAGCAAAGUAAAGAGCACUCAGCGCAUCAGAAGCUUGGAACUGCUUCAACACCUUGCAGGAAUAGAAACCGUCUGUCUGAAAGUGAUAUUGAUUCUGAAGAAGAAAUUCGAGCCAUAAUAGAAAGGGAGAGAGAAGUGCGUCAAGAUAAUCCUGAUACUGAACAGGAAGAGAAUAUGGAAGUUGUCAGAGAGGAUUUUGAGCUGAAAUAUCGCACUCAUUGGUCCUUACAGGAAGCCCAAGAUGCCAAGCAAGCGCCCACUGGGUGUAAUGGAGCGCUGAGGACCACUGACAAUCAGUCUGGUUAUGAUUCGGCUGACACUGAUGAAAUUAUAGCUGUGACUAGAACACCAAAUAAUGAGAAGAAGGAAGCUCCAAAGGAAUCUGCAGUCACACAGGGAAAGGAUGACAAGCCUAAGAUGCAUGCUACAAAUUCCGGAUCUUCUGUCUCAAGUGGUUUAAUAUUGGAUAAACCGAAAAGCGUGGGGAGAGUAAAGCCUAAGAAAGCAUCAGAUUCAAGGGCUGCUGCUCAACAGAACAGCAUCAGUAAGAAGUGCAAGGCUGGGGACAGUGUAAGUUCCGAUUCAUAUCUUGACACAAGUGAGUCUGAAGGGGAUGAAGAUUACGAAAGCAUGAUGCAGGGUUGUUACCGGCUAGAUCUUACAUUAGAAGAAUUAGAAAGAUUAGCCAGUGAAAAUACCCAAACUAUAGAUAAAGAUACUGCAAUUAACCAAAAUAACACUCCGUGUAAAAGUACUGAAUUUCCAGUUAACAGUACCGGCAAUAUUGCAAAGAAAUCCAAAGAGAUCACUACCCGGAAAAAAGGCAUUUCUCCUGAAGAGAUCAUUUCUGCCAUUUUAGAAGGAGGAAGUUCUGAUGAAGAGAAUCCGAAGAGAAAGAAGUUGAAUUUGAAAGUUCCACCUUUCAGAGGAAUAGGGUCAUUAAGUCAAGAGCUGACUAAGGGUGAGUUGGGCACACAGGACAGUCAAGAAAACCAGACUUCCUCCGGCCUUGUUGAUCUGGAAGCUCCCAAAAGUGUUCCUCAGUGCUGCGACUCUGCAAGCAAAAAACUUAACUGCAAACCGUUAAAAGAAAAUAGCACGGACUCUCUCAGGGGAGCUUGUAUUCUAAAAUCAGGGGAAGAUUCUGACUACAGUAAACUCAGUGCAAAAAGUAGCGAGGUGGAAAGCACUGGUGUGAGUGUUCUGUCUGAAAGAAAGAACUCAAAAAAUCUGAAAUCUCUUUGCAAGGAAACAAAGAUAGAGACAAGCAUUAAAGGUUCCAGUUUUGCACACUGUAAGAACAUGAGAGGUGAAGAGCCCGUCCUGGAUUCUGCCAAAGCUACAAGCACGUCUGAUAAAAAGGAAAAACAGCUGCAGGAUAAUGAAAAAAGGUUGACUGCUCUACAGGAGAGGCAAAAAGAACGAGAGCUACAGAAGAAACUUAUUCAGGGAGCUUUAACCAGUCUGGUAGUUUUUAUGUUUAUAUUUUGAUUAUGAUGGGAGAGAUUAUGAUAUUAUUGGGGUGGAACUUGGGAAGGGGGGUAGUGGUUGAAAAAAUGAUUCCAGUAAGUGGUCAUAAAACCUUGAAUUUCACAAUUUAAUAAUUAUGCCUUAGAAAAACAUAAAGAAAUAAUCAUAUUAGUAAAUAAUAAUAUAAAACAACAUCUGCCACUACUAGGGAGCUGUCAUUGAAAAAAUUACAUCAAUUGUAUUUGACACCAAGAAAGUUAUCCAUGAUAAACCAUAAUCUUUCCCCUAUAUGUUGGAGAAGCUGUGGCAUGGUCAGUAGGUCUAAGUGUUUUGGAAACUGAUAUGCCAGGAGGUCAGUGAGAUCACUGAUCUGUGGAUACAGCCCUCUCUGACUUGUUAAUGAUUUUGGAUUGAAAUUUAGAUCAUAUUCAUAUAGAGCUGUUAAGUCAUUUACUCAUCUGUGUGAGCAGUGGUAGCUCGAAACUGGAAGGCACUGCAGAAUGGUAUCAAAAGAUUUGGUAGUGUGCUCUUUCAGAGAAAUUAACGCAAAAAUGAAGGGCAAUCAGCGGACAGAAAAUAAAGGAGCCAUUUGAGAAAAUACAGACAGAAAGUGUUUACUAUCCAGGUGUAAUGGAUAAUCCCCCCCCAAAAAAAUACUGUACACACACUCUCAAUUGUGGACCUUUUGUAUUAUUUCUUCAUUUUGAAACCCAGUAAAGAAAAACCCUGCAGAGAAAACCCUGUAAAGAAAAAUAUAAAUGAGAAAGGAAGUACCAUAUUGGCCUGAAUAUAAGCCUCACCUUUUUUCCAAAUUCCAACCAUGAAAAGUUAAAGUGCGACUUAAAUUCGCAACCUUACAAAUUAGGCUUUUACAAUAUCACUGCUGAAACAGAAAUAUGGUAAAACGGAACAAAAAAAGUUUUAUUGCCAAUUUGCAAGCUUGAGACUGUUCAUUUGCCAUUUACGGGUAUGAGUGCCUGCGGAAUUGUAGCGAUUGAAUAGCAAUUUGCGAUUUUAGCAAUUGUAUGGUAACUUUUGCGGGCUUGCAAGAUCAAAGGCUUAAAUUGGCUCAGAGUUCUAAUUCUACCAGCCGCAGCGAUUUUCAGCCUGUUACCCAAUUUUAAGGGAGCGACUUAUAUUCGGGUACUGUCUCUUCCCCCGCCUUGAAUUUUAAAUGUGGGGCUUAUUUGUGGGUGCUGCUUAUAUUUGGGCCAAUACGGUAUUCAGAGUAUCAGUAUGUAUAGUUGUUGAGCUGUUUUAAGCUUACACAUUGCAUCUGUUUUGUUUCUUUUAUUUUUAAUGUUUAUCUUUAGAAAACUAACAUAUUUAUUCCUCUAUUAAAUGUCACUGUGUUAGAUUCUCUUGGAGGUCUAGGUGGACAUCUAAUCUGAUAGCUCAACUGUCCCUGUUCCCAGUUGGUUCAACAGUGCUCACAUUUUGCACCUCAGCACCACUUCACAUUAAGUCCAGAGUCACCAGGCCCCGCAGAGGACCUUUAGGUCCAUGAAUAACCAUAGUUUAGAGGUCCCGGGCCCUAAGGAAGUCAGACUAUCCUCCACCAGAGCCAGGGCCUUUUCAGUGAUGGCUCCGACCUAGUGGAAUGCUCUGUCCCAUGAGACUAGGGCCCUGCAGGAUUUAACCUUCUUCCGUUAGGCCUGUAAGACAGAGCUAUUCUGCCUGGCCUUUAAUUUGAAUUCCGCCUGAUCUUUUAUUUCCCUUCUCUUUCCUCCCCCUCCCCUUUUAUGAAGAUUACCCACUCUGAGACCCCACAGCUAAUUCUCCCCUGGCCUCCUCGCUGGCCCAAGUAGGACUAAUUCAGCCCACUAGCCCUGGUGACUGUCUAAUGCUUAUUGGAUGGAUUUCCCCCAAAUUGAUUUUUGAACUUUGAAUUUUAUUGUUACUCAUGUUUUUAUACUGUAUUUUAUGCUGCUUCUAUAUUGUAUUACAAUUAAGUGUUUUGAAUUUGUUGCUAGCUGCCCUGAGCCCGGUUUUCUGAACCAGGAAGGGUGGGGUAUAAUUAAAAAAAUAUUAUUAUUAUUAUUAUUAUUAUUAUUAUUAUUACCACUACUCUGGUUGGCUCCAUGUCCAAUUGUUCUAGAUAUGUGCAAGUUUUUGUUUUGUUCCCCUGUUGAAUAUUUUGUGUACUGCUAAUGUUUCAUCUUCAUAAUUAUUCACUCUCUGAUUUUGUAGGAAACUCAGUCAGCAAAUAAACAGAAGCACAUAGUAUUUGAUUCAGAGGAUGAAGCUGAAAAUAAAGAUGAAGUACAAGAGAGCACACCAGGAGGGUCUUCAGGACAGCUGCUGGGAAAAGUGAGAGGACUAUAAAAUUCAGCUGUAUUCAUAGCGAUAGCUAUAAAAUUCUAAACAUGCAUUUUGCAUGGCCGACUAUGGAGAGAAAAAUAAGCAUACACAUGUCUGGGGUUUUUUGUUUUAGAAAAAUGAAUGCUUCCACUACUUUCACCCCCGUCCCAGACAAAAUUUAUUGAAUUUUUCUGAGAUACACAUCUAGAGCAACAAUAAAUUCUUAAGGAUGAUUAAUGAGUACAGGUAACCUAGAUACUGGACCCAAAUAAACAGACAUGGUAAAAUGUCUGAUACUUUCCACUAUCCUGAGUAGGAAUAGGCAAACUUUCUACAGCUUGCCUUGGAAUAACUCAAAUUACAGGAGUUUUUCAGGGGGGAAAUCAGAAGAACAUCAGUAAGUUUUCUGAAUCAAUCCAAGGGCUUGGAAGCAGAGGCUUUCUACCUGACUCUUUUAAUGUAAUAGAGUGGCUUCCUCCAUUCAUUUGAAUUGGAAUGGGUAAAGGGUGGUAAGGGGCAAAAUGUGAGUUGGGGAGGGCACACAAUGGCUUAUUUGCCAUUGUAGUUUCUUCCCACUCACUCCUGGAUAAACUAGUGAAACACUUGCUAAAGCUUUAGGAAUUGUUUUUAGAAUUACUGUAACUGAUUAAGAUCCUGUAUUUGUUACUCUGCCCAAGGAAUUUGCUACUAAAACCUCUGGAAAGUUGUUUGAGAGCAGUGAUGAUGAAUCAGAAACAACAGAUGAAGAAGAUGACAGAUUCAAAAUCAAACCUCAGUUUGAGGGUAAAGCUGGAGAGAAGGUUAGUAAAUCUACUUACCGGUAAUACAUUUUUCUUUCAGCUUCCUCAUAGAUUCCUAUAACUGAACUUUAUCCUAAGCAUUUUCUGAAACAGUUCCAAAACGCAAAUGUUUACAGAGGGCUUCCAAUCAGCCCUUUAUAGGUAUAAAUAUUGUUCUUUUCAUGACUCUUUAUCCUAAGAAAUAGCAAUAUUUUCCUGACAUUCUAAUAUGUCUCUGACAAUAAAUGGUAUUUCUGCCCCUUCAUGUCUGCUAAUCUGCCUCAUCUCUGCUGUAACAGGAUGCUUAUAAAUGCUUCAUUUAGCUUGCAAUAUAACACUAAGCCCAAACUUUUGGCUUAGCACAGGCAAGCAAACAGUGCGGUGUAUUUUUAGAAAAUCAUUCCACUUCGUUCUUCUUCUGGUUCUGCUGCUGAGAGAUAAGCUAUGGUUUGGUUUAGUGUUGCAUGCAAACUCAGGCUUGCUUCAAAUCUUAAGCUGAUUUGUUCUUGCUUUACCACCGGUGGUUUUGGGGGGGAGACAAACCACAAGCCCUGUUUUGGAUGUAACACUAAGCCAAACUGCAGCUUAGUUCCCCAUAGCGCAGCAGCAGUAGGUAAGAGGGAGAAGUGAAAAAACCACAGUUUUAAAAAAUGUGCACCAGAGCACUUGCUUAUUCCUGCUAAGUCAUAAUAUGGCUUAGUGUUAAUACAAGCCAGUUUGUGUGUGUGUGUGUGUGUGUGUGUGUGUGUGUACACAGAAUAACAGUCUUCAUUAUAACCACAUUGCAAUUAUUGAAGGUAGAAUGAACAUCUGCUAUAAACCAGGAAGAAGGAAUACCAACUUUCUGUUUCUGUUGUUUCAGCUUAUGCAUUUACAGUCACGAUUUGGAACAGAUGAAAGAUUUCGUAUGGACGCUCGCUUCCUUGAAAGUGACAGUGAACAAGAAGGUUAGGUGCUUUCCUAUUGAUUGCUCUAGAGAAAACUUCAUUAAAACAAUUUUAUAUGCUGUAACCUUGUUAUAUUUAUUGUUCCUUCUUUACUACUGCUCACCUUAAAUGCUUUAAAGGGCAAUUAACAAAUACUGUGUCUGUGGCCAUAGUGAUAUGGAAAAAGGGAAAAGGAAUAUACUACAAUUGUAUAGGAAUAGUCUUCACUGCCACCUGCAAUCCUUUGGAAUCUUGCCAUGUCUGACAGAAUAUCAAUAGAUCUACAUCUACACAUUUGGAAGAGGCAAGGCAAUUUUUUAAGGCUAUCAUAAGAUCAUGGAUUGCCAUGAUGUAAUAACAGUCUCUUGAGGCUGGGCCAUAACAUUGGUUUGUCAGUGAUUUGUUAAUUCAGACAGCUAGGUUAAACUAGAUUGCAUGGCAGUUUCACACCAUUUAUUAUCACACUAUUUGGCAGCCCACUGCAUAGGUUCGGAUGUCAAAAACAAACAAACCAUGGUUUGGUGUGAUGUUUGAAUUCAACCAGUAUCAUUUGGUGGUGCUGGCAAUUAAGGCUCCUUUAAUUGUUAUUACUUUUUCUUCACUUAGAUGAAUCAAAAGUGGAAAUAGAUGAAGAGGAGGAACUCACUUUAGAAAAAAAGAGAAAUCUUGACAUCUUGAAAAAUCUUCUGAAUAUUGGUGCAGAACUUUCGAAACCUCGCAAGCAGACAGCAAAUGCCAAGAAAUUCAAGUAUGGGUAUUUCUUUUAUCAGAUAAACUAAGGCUUGUUCUACACAUACAGGAGAAUGAAGUGUUGGGAUGUACUACACCUUUUCACAUUGCUGAUGGUUCUCCCACAUUAAUAACUCCCUGAAUGCAGAGGGCUAUCACAGCAGACCAAGGCCUGAGUAGAACCUUUCAGCCUAAGAUAGUUUUCUGUUUGUAGGAAGCUUUCUGUAUAAGGAAGCGAAGUGAAGGAAGCUUAGAAUAGAACUACUGCUUUCUGCUGCUAAAGAGUGGCUUUCCCCCCCCCAUGGAAUGUGAUUUUAACAUUAACUCACUAAAAUAACACAAAUUUCUCCUAUUUGUUAAUGUUUUGUAGUCAUCUUUGAGGUUAUUAUUAUUAAUUUUAUCAGUUGUUAUAUACAAUAAAAAGUAUUGAAUAAUAAUAAUAAUAAUAAUAAUAAUAAUAAUAAUAAUUUAUUAUUUAUACCCCGCCCAUCUGGCUGGGUUUCCCCAGCCACUCUGGGCGGCUUCCAACUGAAUAUUAAAAGCAGUACAGCAUCAGACAUUAAAAACUUCCCUAAAGAGGGCUGCCUUCAGUUGUCUUUUAAAAGUAAAAUAGUUGUUUAUUGCCUUGACAUCUGCUGGGAGGGUGUUCCACAGGGCAGGCGCCACUACCAAGAAGGCCCUCUGUCUGGUUCCCUGUAACCUUACUUCUCGCAAUGAGGGAACCGCCAGAAGGCCCUCGGCGCUGGAUCUCAGUGUCCGGGCUGAACGAUGGGGGUGGAGAUGCUCCUUCGGGUAUACAGGACUGAGGCCGUUUAGGGCUUUAAAGGUCAGCACCAACACUUUGAAUUGUGCUCAGAAACGUACUGGGAGCCAAUGCAGAUCUCUCAGAAACGGUGUUAUGUGGUCCCGGCGGCCACUCCCAGUCACCAGUCUAGCUGCUGCAUUCUGGAUUAAUUGCAGUUUCUGGGUCACCUUCAAAGGUAGCCCCAUGUAGAGCGCGUUGCAGUAGUCCAAGCGGGAGAUAACCAGAGCAUGCACCACUCUGGCAAGACAGUCUGCGGGCAGGUAGGGUCUUAGCCUGCGUACCAAGUGGAGCUGGUAGACAGCUGCCCUGGGCGCAGAAUUAACCUGUGCCUCCAUGGACAGCUGUGAGUCCAAAAUGACUCCCAGGCUGUGCACCUGGUCCUUCAGGGGCACAGUUACCCCAUUCAGGACCAGGGAAUCCCCCACACCCGCCCGCCCCCUGUCCCCCCAAAACAGUACUUCUGUCUUGUCAGGAUUCAACUUCAAUCUGUUAGCCGCCAUCCAUCCUCCAACCGCCUCCAGGCACUCACACAGGACCUUCACCGCCUUCACUGGUUCUGAUUUAAAGGAGAGGUAGAGCAGGGUGUCAUCUGCAUACUGAUGAACACCCAGCCCAAACCCCCUGAUGAUCUCUCCCAGCGGCUUCAUAUAGAUAUUAAAAAGCAUGGGGGAGAGGACGGAACCCUGAGGCACCCCACAAGUGAGAGCCCGGGGGUCUGAACACUCAUUUCCCCCCCCCCCACUUUCUGGACACGGCCCAGGAGAAAGGAGCGGAACCACCGUAUAACAGUGCCCCCAGCUCCCAGCCCCUCUAGCCGGUCCAGAAGGAUGUUAUGGUCGAUGGUGUCAAAGGCCGCUGAGAGAUCCAGCAGAACUAGGAAACAGCUCUCACCUUUGUCGCUAGCCCGCCAGAGAUCAUCAACCAGCGCGACCAAGGCAGUUUCAGUCCCAUGGUGAGGCCUGAAUCCCGAUUGGAAGGGAUCCCAAUGGUCCGCAUCCUCCAGGCGUGCUUGGAGUUGUUUGACAACCACCCGCUCAAUCACCUUGCCCAAGAAUGGUAAAUUUGAGACUGGGCGAUAGUUGGCCAAAUUGGCUGGGUCUAAAGAUGUUUUUUUAAGAAGCGGUUUAAUGACCGCCUCUUUCAGCGGGUCUGGGAAGGCUCCCUCACAGAGGGAAGCUUUCACCACCCCGCAGAGCCCAUCGCCCAGCCCUUCCCAGCUCGCUUUUAUCAGCCAGGAUGGGCAAGGAUCAAGGAGACAGUGACUAAGCAAGAUAAAAUGCUACACAUAAAAGCAAUUUAAAACAAAAAAUUGAAACAAUGAAUACAAAAUGUAUAAAAUUCUCAUCCAGCAACAAAUUAACAAGUCUUACCCACCUCACUAAAGGAUGAUCAUAGAAGGCAAUUAACUCAAGGCCUGAGUAAACAAAAAUGUCUUAUCCUGGCAUCUAAAGGCUGAUAAUCUCAUGCCUUUUUAAGUGAUACCAUUUUCUGUGUACCAUUAUGCAUUACAGAAAUAGUAGAAUAGCAGGAGUUCACAGUCAUUGCAACAGAGCUUCUAAAUAGCUGUAUCUAAGAAUACUACUACUUUUAUGAAGGUUAAAAGUUCAUAUCAUGUUUGUUUCAGGAAUAUAGGCUAAAAGUCUGCCUGUAUUCCACUUGGUUGUAAACUGGUGCCAAAUCCUUUUGGAUUGGAGCAAUCAACUCAAGAAUUGGGGUUGAAGGGAAAUAGAAAGAAGGAGAGUGAUCAGAAGCAAGUUGGGAAGGGGGCAGGAAGAAGGAAUGUUGGGAGUCAAAAGAAUAAGAAAAUGAAGGAGGUCAGAAAUACAGGAACAAAUAACAGAAGGAAACAAUGAAAAGUGAAAACAAGCCCCAAGUGUACAAAGAAGUCUGCAAAAGAAGGCGAAGAGAAUAUAUUUAAAGGUGGAACUCACACAAGCACACCUGUACCUUUUCCUCUCACACAUUUUCCAAAGAGUCACUAGAUAUUUUUGGAGAAUUCAGGUCAGUCUCCACAGCUCUGUGAGCACUUGCUCUAGGAGAGAGAGAACCUGCAGAUAGACAGGCCUUUGAUACACCAGACUGAGGCCUCGGAAUUCUUCAUAUAGUCAAAGUCCAUUUUGGCAUCUUCAGCCAAAAUUACAUCAUAAAUCAUAGCAUGAAAAAUUUCCUGAGGUGACAUUACAGGGAAGAUAAAUAAGUCAGCAUCAAACCAUUACAGCUUUGUGUUUAGCCUUCGGCUGGUCUUAGAAAAACAGCUAAAUGAUGGUCUGAAGGAUUCCUCUCUAUCUCCCCCCCCCAAUAGGAUCAUAGAUUUAUGCACAUGUACUUUUAGAAAAGAGGAGACAUACUUUAGUCCUAAGUGAAUGCCCCAAGUAUACUAUGCAGGACUCUCAAGCAGUGCAUGUAAGAGCAUAUUUUGGCAUAUAUCCAAUUCAUCUUUGCUAGAACUGCCAUAGAUCGUUGUACAGUAAAACAAGCAAGAUCUAGUUUUAGCAACAAAAACGUUUAUAAAUAAAUAUUUUCAUAGAAUGGAAUCUUGGCGCCAUUGGAGGAAUUUUAAACUUUGCUCAUGACAUCUUGAUUUACUUAGUCGUUUUCUUUUAUAGAGAUAUGAACACUCUGCGCUAUGACCCUACAAGGGAAGACCAUGCUGUAUUUGAAAGGAAGCCAGAAAACACUGAGAAAGAAAGGUAAUUUAUUCCACCAACUGCUCAUUCCUAGGAAUCUGUUUGUCUUUCACUUAGCACCUAAGGCUUUCCUUCUCAACACUUUCCUGAUGUGACACUUUAAAUCCUAUGCUAUAGGAACCUCAUGAGCUUUGUUCUCUUUGCUUUAUUAUAUGAGUAAUUGGAACAGGAGAAAAGGACUCGCCUAACUUUACAGAAGGCACAGGAUAGACUAGCUGUGAUUUCAGAGCUGUUGCUUGCUAGUGAACUAGGCCUUACAGAAACAUCAGACUCCUGUUUUAGAUCUUAGAGAGCGACAGUGAUAUAUAUAUAUAUAUAAAACCAAGACUGGCCAGCCAUCAAAUGCUGAAAUGGAGCAAUGUGGUGCUUCUAAAGAUGGGGCAUGACUUAUGUCAAGUCCCUUUCUAUAUGAAAACACAGCCAAUGGGUUGAGAAAAAUGCUACAUUCCUAUUUACCCUGCCGUAGGCUCUUGGCAAUAUAUAAAUCACCUGUGUAUUAUUAAUCUGUAAAAUAUGAGACACUAAAAUGUACUCACAAUUAAUUCCUACAGUAAAGCUAAAAGGAAGAAGCAGAAGGAGGAAGCUCAGAAACUGCCCGAGGUUUCUAAAGAAAUAUUUUAUGAUGUCGCUGUGGAUUUGAAAGAGAUACUUGGAUCUACAAAGUGUGAUGAGAAAACAGAACAAAUACCUUGGGAUAAACAUGAGGAUGAGGGAGAAGCAACUCCAGCUGAGGCAGAGACAUUAGGAUUCAGCACUGGAACCGACAGAGAAGAGGAAACCAGUGGUUUCAAAUUUUCCUUUUUUGGUGCUGAAGAGGAGAGGCCGCCAAUGAAAGAAGGUACCAAUGCCUGUUCUAAGGCUGCAACUUCAGCAUGCAAGCAGGGUGUUACUUAGCUCAUUUUCAUGGCCUUAUAACUUUUGAGAGCUGACAACCAUGGAGCACUUCAUCCAAGGCAGGCAUCCCCAAACUCAGCCCUCCAGCUGUUUUGGGACUACAAUUCCCACCAUCCUUGACCACUGUUCCUGUUAGCUAGGGAUGUUGGGAGUUGGAGUCCCAAAACAGCUGCAGGGCCGUGUUUGGGGAUGCCUGAUCCAAGGCUUCCGUUUAUGGCGGCUUAGGGAUUUGAGCUGUGACUCAUCUUUUUGAUGGGGAUGAAUCAUUAGGAGCUAAUUACACCGGUAUUGCAGCAUCUGCUUGAGCUACCUGUUUCUUUCUAGGCAUAAUGCAAGGAGCUAGUGAUUCCCUCUAGAGCCCUUAGCUGUCUGAGCAUAGCAUAGCCAAGAAACUGUGCCCAUCCCUGUGUUCCAUUGUGGGUCAUUCCAUGUCAAAUUGCUUGGUGCCAUGUGCUCUCACAACUCAGAUUUUCUACAGAAAAAAAUUAAUUAUGUGUAGAUACCUAUGAGAUAACCUCAAAUUAAUUUUUAAAGAUUUUUUUGGUCGAAAAUUGGAUUGUUGGGUACCCUUAACCUGUGGGGUGAUACACUGUAAGUCCACUAAAAUACAUCCGUAGAGAGUAAGAUAGCAUCUGCUGCCCACAAUCCCAAAUGUGUAUUUGCAACUCUCGUGUUGGUCAGCAUUCUGAGCAUGACUCCUCUGCAUAUUGCAGGGAAAGGGUGGGAUAGCUUGGGAAUGAUUUCUUUCAGGUGGAAGUUUCUAUGUUGGACUGCUUUCUUCCUAAGCUGCCACCCUCUAUUUUUUCUUGUGUCUGUCUGUUUUGCAGAACCCUAUGUAAUUGAAACAAUAAAGGCUUCCAGGGUUGCAUGGCAAGAGGAUCCACGUUUUCAGGACAGUAGUUCAGAAGAUGAUGAGACAGAAGAAGUUGAAAGAGAAGAUGUCGAAGAAAUGUAGGUGGUCCUUACAAAUGAUAUUUAUUGAGAAUCCAUAUAGUUGGCUAUAUAGGCCCCAAAUAUCAGACAUUCCCUAGACCACUCACAGUCAAGCUUCUCAACCCCUGUCUAAACUAUGGUGGUUUGCCCCUUCCACCACAUCCCUUUGUGCCAUAUGCAGACCCUUCUUGAAACAUCUCAAUGUUCAGGAAAGGAGGGCAGGGCAAGGUUUAAAAAUGUUGCAUGUUGCUUUUAAGAAUGUGUACUUGUUCCUCAAGUUGAAUGUACUAUUCAUGUGUUCCUUUUGGGAACUAAUAAUGUUCUUGUUCAUUUUUUAGGUCUCCAGCUCUACCACAGUCUAAUAUUAGAUUUUUUUUCUUCUCCCGAGACGAUGAUAGAUUAAAAGGUAGGUACAAAGGAAAAGGAAAACAGACUGGUAACAAAUACAUGCUUAGCUGUCAGGUUUUUCCCCCUUAGACCCUUUACUGAACCAAAUAAAGAAUUGAAAACGAGAAACUUCAUGGUUGGCAUGCAGGCCUAUUUUCCACAGCCUUGAGUCUAUUUAACAAUCUGAAGUUCCCAAGGACUCAUAUUUUGUCUUUAACUUGGAAUUGGUGCCCAUUGUGUCAGGGUAGAUGUUAAAGUGUUAGGCCAUAAAUCUCAAGAUGGUCUUUGCUAAUACUGUCUGAGAUCCUCCUUUGGGUUGUCACUUGCAUACCCAAAGAGUUUCUCUUUCCCCGUUUUCUGUUCAUUAAGGCUCAUAUUUAUUAUGAUGUCAUCUUCCUUUCUGCUGCCCCUAUUUUAAACUUUAUUUCAAGAUAAAGUGUCAUGUUAUUGGGUAUGAACAGGAAAAAGGGCAGGGGGGCAGAAUUGGGGGUUCAGCAGCAGGUGCACCCUUAAUACAGUCAACUGAGGAGGAGAUGCACCUCAAGUUUUUAAUAUAUCUUUUUAAUUUAUUUCAGUGGAGCAGCCUGUGAGCCUUUACCUUACACUGUGAAUGGUCAGGCUUUGAGAAUUAGACUCAUUGUGCUCACAAUGGCAAGUGUGAGGAGGGACCAGGCCUCCUCCCAUAUUUGAAGAAUUGGGAGGGAGGCUGGAAGUGAUUUGGUAGAACCUGCAGGAGCAUCAUAGACACACCAGGCCAAACCAGCACCCCUUGCCAAAGGCAGCCUUUCCUACAAUGGAACAAGAAAGGCUGGCAGGUGGGGCAGGCUUAGAUAGCACUGGGCCCAGUAGUAGCCAAGCUAGUACACUCCCAUCUGUGCCAGUCUUUCCCCUGGGAAAGGCUGAGGGUGGGUUUGACACCAUUGAUGGAAGGGAGCCAGUGCCUUUCCCUCAGGAACAGCCAGCAAGAGAGUGUAGCGAGCACUGUCUGAACUCAUGCAUGGCCCCCUCAAACAGCUGCUCCCAACACACCUUGCUCCCACCAGUCCUUCCCUUGGAAAAGGCUUGCCUUAGAUGCUACUGUGGGAAGGUGCUCAGAGAAGGCCUGGAAGAAAAGGAGGAGCUAUUGGAGGCUGGGGUGGUGAAGAGCGUUUAGGGCAGCUGGAUAGUUCAGUAACCAGCAAAACUACCGUAAAAUUAUAGACCUCUAAAAACAUAGAUUGUUCUGUCAUGCUUUCCAUGCACAUGGUUUUUCCUUGUUUAUGCUCUUCUAAACUUCCAAUUUUUUUAAAGCUGCUUUUCACAUGCCUGUCAAAGAACAUUAAAAUGUAUGUUAGUUGGCAGUGAAAGUUAGCUUGAUUAGCACUGAACUCAUAAGAUGUGAUUUUAAAACAAUAUGCUUUAGCUUGGGCAGGAGUUGCCAUUCCCCCCUCCCCAAACAGGAUGGUGUUAGAUUGCGAUCUCUCCUCCCUGGUGUUUUUAGUAUGUUUUGUUGCUGACAACAUGGUUUUUAAAGAACAAGCUCAGUUUUGGGAACGCCAUAUGGCUGAGAACAGCAUGUGAUUUUCUCAGGCUGUGGACAGCACAGAUAACCUUUUGUCCUUUACAAGUAUGUAAUUCAUGCUUAACGUAGCAGGCAGUGGAGUGGGAGGGGGAAAAUAGGCCACAGCAGCAUGUGAGGUAGUAAACACUAUCAUGGCUUCAGCUAUCAAAGCCAUCAAGCAUUUCAUCUCAGGAGUUGGGAUCACUGUCUCACAGUGAUAACUUCCUCCCUUCGUACGCCUGCUGAAUGCAAGAUAAUUUAAAAGAAAAUACUGGAGUUCUUCUUUGUGCCUUUUGUAGAGGGUCCAAAGCUGUUCUGUAAAUCUUCUAACCUUGAUGAAGACAGAGAUGAUUGGGAAAGUCGGCGCCAGACAUUACUUGAGGUAUGUUGACUGAAGAGAUUAUUGGUCUGAUUUAGAGAUACUUGUGGAAAUAACAAGACUCCUGGACCCAUUUUUGUAAAGUUAUUUUCACAAGCUUGGUCAUGCAGUUCACGUUAACUGUACUCAACUAAAAUAUGCAGUUGAACUAUGACCAAUUCAUUCAGGGGCAAGAAACCUGUCCCUGUUGCUGGUGGCAAACACCUAUCAGUCCCAAACAACAGAACUAAUGGGCAUGGAUUAUGGGAGUUGUAGUGUGCUAAUACUUGGAAGGCUGUAGGUUUCCCAGCCAUGCCCUGGUUCAUUGUAUAUCUGUACUAUAUUCAUGGUUAUUAUAAUUAAAAGGGACGGCGGGUUGAAUCUAAUGAUUUGUGCAAGCAGAGAGGGAAGUUCCUCUCCCUCUCCUCCCCCCUCCCAAAAAUGUGCUACAGAUAUUUGGGGGAACCCAUGGAGUAGAUUUGAGAGGGCGGCAGUACAGGGGCAAGCAAGGGGAAGAAAGGGAGGGAAAGUCCAAUUGCACAAGAAGGGCAGGGCUUCAGACAAAGCUCGAGGGCUAGUGGAAAGGGUUUCAGGGGCAAACUAGGGCCCCUAGGCUCCAGAUCCAGCUUGCCAGGUCCUUGGCCACUGCUGGACCAAUAUACAUCUGUCAGAAUAAUCAUGGUCACAAAACCCUUCUAGAACCCCUCAUUACAAUGGAUCCAGAAAGCUAUCUUAGUGCAGUUUAAACAGACAUGCUGAAUAGCUGUAGUGGAUGCCUAUCCUAAUUUAACCAGGGACAGAAUAAACUUGCAUAAUUCCUACUAAUACUUUACCAACAGUUGUCUCUCCCUGUCUGUUAUGGAGCAGGCUAGUUGGUGAAACUGACAAUAUUUAAAAUGUUAACUUAGAAUAACGAACUCAAAAUAUUUUCAGGAUUGUCGGAAGAAACAUAAAGAUGCAAGAAGAAAAGUUAAAGCAAAACACUGAAUACAGCGGCUCUGCGAAACAACAGUGAUACAGAAAACACUGGGCAUUCAAAACUGGGAUAAUGGAAGACAUCUCAAGAAAUGCUUCUGCGAGUUAUUUGAAAAUUGGUGCUGAACACAAAGUGCCGUGUAAUCUGGGCCUUGCACAGGUUGGGCAUCUUUAUGAAAAGUAGGUUUCUGGUUUGAGAAGAGCCAUGAGCUGUAGGCAGAUCUCCUUUGAUUUGCCUGCAUUCAUUUACUUUACCUGGUUGCAAUAAUAAAUUAAAGUAAUCCAGAAUAAAAUGUCAACUGGACUAUAAGGGUGGAGUCCAUCCAGAUCUACUAUGCCUACCACCAUUCUUUUGGAUGUAAGACUCUGUGCCACAAAUAUUUGGAAGCGGAGGUUUUUAUUAUAUCAUGCAUAGCAGAGGGUUGGACUAGAUGACCCUCGGGUCCCUUCCAACUCUACAAUUCUAUGUACACCAGAAAGUAACAUUUGGGAGCAGUUCAUAGAGCAGAUAGAUGUCAGUGUAAAUUGAUACACCUUCCUAAAACAUGUAAGUGUAAGAAACUGACUAAGGAGCAAAUGCACAAAGGUCUUAAACCUGCAAUGUUAGAUACUACAUUUAAAGUGGAAGUGCAAUUAAAGUGGUGGAGAAGAAGAGGGCAAAGGUAUUCAAUUCAAAUUGUACUUGAGCAUGUGCUGUUUUCCGAUGUGUUCAACAUGCAUCAGAGCGGGACAAGUGACAAAAAACAAACUGCAAUUCCAUUACUUUACAGGGAGUGAGCCCCCCCCCCAAAAAAAACUUGGUGUGACUUCCUUGGGAUAAAGUUAAACAUAUUUAGGAUUGGCCUACUAUAUUGCAGUCCAAUACUAUUUAAAUGUGAGCAUUGUCAUUGAUGGUAGUGGGGCGUUGAUCACAUUUUUAGGCUGAAAUCAGUUUCAUUGUGUUGGAUAAGCAGCUCCCAACUGAAAAUAAUGCUAAAUUCUUUGCUGCCUUGCCACAUUGGCUGUUUUUACAUAACCAAACUUUUAGUUUCUGCUGUAAAAUAAAACUGUAAAUUAUAUUUUUAAGUAAAAAUUGUAUCAGUAACAUCAAAUAUGUAAAUAAUUGUAUUUCUAAAUAAUACAAAUUGAUAAUUUAAAGCAUGUGCCUAUAACUAGUCAUCCCAUUGGAUUUGUGUGGAUGUGUUGUUUUGAGUAAUGAACCACCCUGCACAGGAGUUUUCUUUCCCCCGAACAUUCAUCCCUGGCAAAAUUAUCAUCAUCAUCAUCAUUUUAUUUGUAUUUCGCCUUUCCAUAGUUAAAACAGUGCUCAAGACGGCUUACAACAUGACAAGAUUUACAUAAUUACCAACAUAACAAAAGUCAUAAGCAAUAAAUAAAACACAUCCAAAAGUACACAACCAAAUGGAAAACAAUUUCCACAUAAAUCAUAAAAUCUAAAAUGAAGAAUACAGCAUUAAUAUCAAUCGGUUUAAAAUGACAUAGAUAAAAAAUAAAAGCAAUUUAAAAUACACAUAUUAAACAAAUAAUAAAAUGCUAUGGCAGAAGGAAUGGAAGAUAGCAAAUGCUGUUUGCAUUUAAACUAGGUGUGAUUUUUCAUGUGGUUGAAUGCUUUCAGUGUUAAGAAAGGGUAGCUGCUCAGUCAUCAAGGAGGCGGCAUCGGAGCUAAACAUUUGAAGAUGACAGGACUGGCCCACCCAUGAGGCAAGGUGUGGAGGCCGCCUUAUGCAGCAGAAUCUAUAGGGGCAGAAGAGCCAAAUGUAGAUCUUUAUUCUCUUCCCCCCCCUUGUUUCUGAUGUAGAACUUCACUCAUCUCUUCUUUUCUGGCAGGGAGAGGGGCACCAUUUUGUGAUUUGCCUCGGGUGCCAAAAUGCCUUGGGCCAGACAUGGAAGACAGAAAGGUCAAAGUUCUCAAACUGCUUAAGUGUGAGCAAUGGAGAAGGUGGGGUGGCGGCUGAAGGCUAAGACCAUAGAAAGGACGAGAGAAAUCCAGUCAAAAAUAAGCUUGAAAACCCAGUGGCAGCAUGUCCUGACUCCUCAGAAAGCAAAGCUCACUGGAUGAUCAUUAAGAAGCUGACACACAUUUUUUUUACAUUUUUUUAAUUUAAUUUUUAUUUGCACAUUAAAAGUUACAUAUAAUGAGACACAAUAUUCUAUUAUAAAGGGGGAAAAGAAAAAAGGUCUACACCAAAAAAAAAAGAAAAAGGAAAAAAGAAUAGAAGGAAUGUUAAACAACAUAUCUUGUCAAAAACAUAGUGAUUUAAGAAACACAAACCAUCAAUGACAUUAUUAAAAACACAUAUUUCCAGACACACGUUUUUUCACUUCCUGUUCAGAACUAUUACCUAGAAAUUUUGUAGGCAUAUGGUGCUUAUCAGGUCUUGCAACUUACAUGUAGUUAAAUGGCUGGAGAGCAAUUUCCAGCAUGGUACUCUUUCUUGCAUCAAGUUCUCCAUGGGCAUUUUUUAAAAAUGCUAAUGCGUAAAAUACAGUUCUACACAAACAAGCAGAAGGAAGCUGUGAAUUGCUGUUCUCCCCAAGCCAAGAAGGAAGACUUUUAGCAGUGUUUAGUCUGUUUCCUUUAAACUCAGCUUGUCUUUUCAUCCAGACUCGGGAUUAUGGUUUUUCACUAAUGUCAGUUUUAACACACGGUUGAAAUUGGAUUAAAAAAACUGACCAUCGUUAGUAAAUCCUAUUUACUAACCAUUCGGAUGAAAUGACAAAUCUAGUUGCUUCUAAAUGCAGCCAGUAGGGUAGGUCAAGAUACAAUUGCACCAAUAAAGAAAGAAAUUACGUUUUGUCUUUCCUAAUUUUCAGUGUUUGAGUCUUGCUAUAGAAAAAGAACACUUCAUAAAUUCUAACAAAACAACAGUUUCAAAGCAGAUAAUGAUGGCUAUCUUGGACAAAAAUCAUCGUGAAUAAUAAGUUGUAUUCCAGAUGCCUUUCUAAGCACUUGGCUUGGGGGGAAGUUGUGCCUGAAGCUAUUCUUAUUAACUACAUAUGUGAAAACUCUUAAAUAUCCCUUACAGAUGUAUAAAGCACAGUAUGGUUCCCUGAAAAAAGAACCAAUGGCAAUUUUAAUUAGAUAAUACAAAGUGGGCCAGCUAAGAAGUAACGAUUGCCACUUGAUAAACUCCAGUUUGUGAAACCAAGGUAAUCUGCCAUGCUGGCACACUGUUUUAUCUCUUCCUUUGUGUGCCAGCUUUGGUUUGAGAUUGUGGAUCAUUUAAACCAAAGUUUUCCAGUCUGAGUACGGUGGUAAAUUAUGGUUUAUAUGCAAACAAUGUUCAAUGCCAAAGCCCAUAUGUGAGGGGAACAGGAUGUGGCAACAUAUGGACACCCUUCCUGUCCCUGGGUUAGUAAAGCACAGUUUAGUAAGCCAAUAUAACUAUGUCUGAAGCAGCCUAGUACAGUAAUACCUCCAUGAACAUCUGCCUUGUCUAGCAUCUAUUCCAGUGAACAUUCGCAGCAAACCUGGAAGUACCGGAACGGGUUACUUCCGGGUUUGCUGCUCCCACAUGCGCAGAAGUGCUAAAUGACGCAUGCACAGAAGAGCAAACUGCUCCGUCGGCAUGUGCAGAGCGGCGCUUUGCCCUGCGUCCUUUUUGGCAAAACAAAGUACGACUGUAUCUAAAAAGCUUAUUUUACCUCAGCCAUAUUAAUUUUCUUUUCUUUUUUUUAAUGGUCAUUAAGUAAGGAAAAGUAGCCUACCCCAGUUUAUUCUUUAGAGGGUGCUUUACUGUAUUGCUAAUUCACUUCCAACAUGGAAUGGAAGGCUCGGAGAGGCAUAUGGCUCACAAUUGCCAAGCCAUCAUCUGUUGCUUUCUAACAGAUUGAUAAAAGACUUAUUUUUAGUUCCCUCCAAAGUGACAGUGGAAGUGUAUGAAUUCAUUGGCUUCUCUCACAAGCUCCCAUCUACCCAGGAGCUGCAUCAUGCAAAGAAUCCUGGUUCGUGGCUGACUGGUAUAUACACCAGGAGGAUUCCACACUGCCUGAGAAAUCACUGUUAUAUUUACUGGCAUUUGGCACUGUCAAAGCAGGUAAAGAAUUGCAUUUAGGUAUUUCUCACCCUGUUCCAAGCACUCAAGGCUACGGUAUAUCGUCAUUCUUGCAUAAGUGCUAUAAAACUAGGCUACAAGACAGUAAUUUGUGCAAGGCCUCAUAAGAAGAAGUGCCUGAUAUAUUCAGAUCCUUGCUAUCUGAUUUUACUGUGUUUUCUGUUCUAGCUUUGUUUUCCUACUCUUCAAUCUCCAUGGUGCAGAAAGAAGAAGAUAAAGGGAGGAAUUAAGAGGAUCUGCUCUUCCCCCACCUGCUUUUUAAUAGCAUUUAUCUAGCACCCAAUUUACUCCCCCCCCCAACCACAUGUGCACACUAUAUAAAUAAGCUACUUUUAUUUAUGGGCAUAGUACAGGAUGUAAAUACACCUGUUUAGAUACAACUGUGGGUGUUCAUAUAUGGCAGACUUCCCCAAUCUGGUAUCUUCCAGAUCUCUUAGACUGCAACUCCCAUCAACCCCAGCCAGCACAGAUGAAGACUGUAGUCCAAAACAGCUGGGAGGAUGCCAAGUUAGAGAAGGAUGAUAUAUGAUAUUUUUCUAGUGAUGCAGAAGGUUGGCCUAUUGUACAUAGGGUUGUGUGAGCUAUGCUUAUUUUUCCCCUCCAGAUGGUGUCAUAGAGCAGGUUUUAGAAGCCAAACUGAAAUGUUGUUGUUGUUGUGCUAAAGCACAGCAAUGAUCUCAGUGUCCUACAGCACACCAUAGGCGUAUUUUUACAGCCAUAAACCUAAUACUCUUUGGGCAGUCUUUUUUUUUUUUAAUUUACUUUUAGAUGUUGCCAGCCCCUGCAGAGAUGGCUCAAGCAUGAAACCCUCUGGUAGAUUUAAGUCAGUUCCUCAUUGGAGCACCAUGUUGCAGAAUUUAUAACUCUCAGUUUUCAAUUAUCCAUGCAUUGAAUUCAAAGCGAGCUAUAUGAUCAAAGAAAAUUCUGCCUAAAGCCACAUUUGGUCCACUGGAAAAUCAUGUUACAGUUGCAGAAUAAUCAAAACACAUUCUAUCUGCUCUUUUAAAAUUUUGAGGUGGUGAAGAAAGGCAGAAGUCUGACUUCCUUGUUUCACUAUACAGAGGUCUUUGCUCUCUCUUGUGUAAUUAUACAGUUGUUGCAAAAGCCCCCAACACACAGUCAGCAGUCUACCGAAAGCAUAAAAUGUUCCAAAAAAUGGUUCGUCUGCACCUCAUUUUAGAUGGUUUGCUUCUAAAACAAAUAAAUUCUUAUGAAUUCCUAAAAUUCAUAGUGUUGGCACUGACCUUUAAAGCCCUAAACAGCCUCAGCCCUGUAUACUUGAAGGAGUGUCUCUACCCACAUAGUUCAGCCCGGACACUGAGGUCCAGCUCCAAGGGCCUUCUUGGAGUUCCCUCACUGCGAGAAGUGAGGUUAUAGGGAACCAAGUAGAGGGCCUUCUCUGUAGUGGCACCCAUCCUGUGGAACGCCCUCCCAUCAGAUGUCAAGGAAAUAAACAACUAUCUGACUUUUAGAAGACAUCUGACGGCAGCCAUGUAUAGGGAAAUUUUUUUGAUGUUCGAUUGUGUUUUUAAUAUUUGUUGGGAGCUGCCCAGAGUGGCUGAGGCAACCCAGUCAAAUGGGCAGAUGAUGAUGAUGAUGAUGAUUUUGUAGUCGCAAUGACUCUAAAAUGCAGCUCUCUUGAAGAGCAAAGUCAUUUAAAAGGUUUGCCAUCUUGACCCUUCUAAUCUUUUAAGACUAACACAUGUAUUAUCCAAGUUGAUUGGAUACUCACCAAGUUGAUAAUAGCUUUGCUUAACCAUGAUUUGUUUGCCACAUAUGCUUGCUAAGCUACAAAGACAUAAGGCUAGAGAAGCUGGGAAAUAAACCAAGCUUUUGUGAAAUAAGCCUUGGCUUGUUUGCUACUCUGUAAAACAACUCAUGAUUUGUUGCACAAACCAGGGUUAAAACAAACCAUUGUUUCUUGUUAUCUAUUCUCUUUGAUUUCCUCCUCCUCCUGAUGAUGAUGAUGAUAGAUUGGAGCAUGACUUAGUUCCAUUGGCAUUGGUAAAGGGAUGGGCAGCAAUUUUCAUCAAUCCCUCCUUUCCUUUACAGCUCCUUGUUCCUCUAGAAUAAAACUCAGUGGAACAGUCUGGGAGGCAAUGCUGGAACUGAAGGGAGAAUCAGCAAAAAUUACCACCCCAUCUCCUUCCUCCAGCGGGAAGCCUCCACUGGAUCCCAGUUUCUUCUCUGAACAGAAGCUCUUCUACUCUGAGUUGCAAGGCUGGAUGGUCUUUUAUUGUAUGAACAAGUAGUAUGCUCUGGUUUGUGACUUCUGGUAUUGAAGUCAAUGGGUUAGGUUUUAAGUGUGGGUUAGAAUUCUAUUUCCUGUUUCUUUUUAUACCCCUAUUUUGGUUCUGAUUUCCUAAAUAAGCCUUCCUACUGAACAGUUCUUGUUUUGGCUGUGAAUUCCUCAAAACUAAUGCCAAUUCUUACAUGGACUCUGCAAGAUGUAAGCAGGAUUAAAUGCACGGUGCUUACGAAGAGCUAUAUUGAAGUUAUCCUUCCCAUAACUCUGUAAAGUAGGCCACCACCACCCCUUUAAUAAAAGGAGGGGGCUGAAGCUGAGACAACUACCUGGAUUUUCCAAAUAUGCAGAAGAUGGACUCUAUCCUUAUCACUGGGCACUAAAAGCCAGUCUAAACAAACAAGGCUGCUGUCAUCUCUAAUAUCUGAGCAGGUUUGAGCUCAAGCAACCUAAAAGAGGGGGGUGAUUAAAUAGCUUAAUUCUUUUUUAAACUUCUGCCAUCAUUUGAAAACAGUGAGAAGGGAGGUGGACUAAAAGGGAAUAAAUUGCCUGUUUGGAACUUC